AUGGAUUUCAAUACAAAGGUUGAUGAAUAACUUAUCUAUUAAGGUAAGUGGUUGCAUUUCAAACUUCUCCGUUUUUCUGUAAAUGGAUAAGAUAAAGUUUGGGAAUAUGUAGAAAGACCACCUGGAAAUAGAGGAGGAGUUGAAAUUAUUCCAAUUAUCAAAUAUAAAUAGAAACCUUCAUAAAUAAUUGUUAUUGCUAAUUUUAGACCUCCUAUUAGAAAAUUUUGUCUAGAAUUUCCAGCAGGAUUAGUUGAUCCUGAUGGUACUAUUUUUGAGAAUGGAUUAAGAGAAAUUAAAGAAGAAACUGGAUAUACUGCUUAGAUUGGAGAAUAUUAAUAUAAUGGUGUACGCAUUAGAAAUGAUCCAUGGAAAUCUACAGAAUUUGGAUUAUCUGUUAUUGUUGAUAUUGAUGGUGAUUCAGAAAUUAAUCUUAAUCCAUAAUAACAUUUAGAAUCUGAUGAAAAUAUUAUAGUGUAUAAAAUGAAUAUGGGAAAAACCUUAGCAUCUGAAAUUGUAGAAUUAGCAAAAGAAAAAGAUUAUGAAAUAGCUGGACUUCUUUGGUUUUUUGCUUUGGGAUAAUAAUUUAGUAAUUGA